AUGCCUCCGACUAAUAUCGCUCUCCAGGAGCUCUCUGAAUCAGUCUUUUGGCUUGUAUUCACCAUUUGGCUCGGAUCCGUAACCUUCGUCGUUGCCCAUUGGAUUGUCAGAGUAGGUCAAGCAGCCGUCAUUUAUCACAUUGCUAAGAUCCUUUACUACUAUCACUACCAGGAAGACACAUUCUUCCAUUCUCUCGCACAAAUUCUUUCGCUUCGUUUUGACCCAAAGAGCUUCUUCUUCCUCAGUGCCCUCGUUUCUAUUAUCUACCAAUCCACCAAGGAAAUCGUCUUGCUUUUCCACGAGAAAAUCCUUCACACGCCACACUUGACUAUUUCUUGUGGCUGUGAACUUUGUCCGCCAGAAGCAAUUAGCACCAUGCAGAGUCCUCGUCUCACCCCAUCCCCCUCCCCUCCGCGGUCAAGCGGUGUUCACUGGGAACUUCCUAGCCUUUCCAACUCUGGCAGUGAAACACUGGCCUGCGCCAACGAGUUUUCCACAUCUUACUUAAGCCAGAGCAGUCGGCAUCCAUGGGGUGUAAUCGACUAUCACAUUUACCUGACCCACGCAGAGAAAAACCGCGACAAACAGCAUCGCUUGAGGGAAUGUUAUCUCGUCGAACAAGAUGGCAUCAACAACGUCAUCUUACAAAAUAACAUGAGUCUCAGCAAUGUCGCCCACAACACAAACCCUACAAUCCUCUUCAUGAAUCUUCCCAUUCCAUGCCACAACCGCCACAGCAAACUAAUCCUAGGAUUUGACCCAAUCACUCAGAAUCUUCUAGGAUAUCUCUUUGAAACGGACUCUCCGAUCGAAGACUAUGGCGACCUGUGGUUUAACUGGAAACGGAACGUUGGACAACUCGUCAUCGACCUCCCGGUCGAGAGAUUUCUGGAGAUCGUUCAGGAAACUCUUACCACGAAUAUUGAGGUGCUAGAGAUUGGGAUCUUGCAUCACUAUGCCGCGACGACAAAGGCACUCCCUGCUGGUAUAGACAUGAUGGUCGUCAUCCAACUUUUGCAAUUCAUCGAUGACUUUGCGGAUAUGAUCUGGGUUGAUGGCAGUAAGAUGAGAGAAGAAUAUGGUGAGUGCCAGAAAACUUUGCGAGACAUCGUUCUCACUGGAUCGAGGCAGGCUUGGUUCUCUGUCCGAGAUGGUACGGGUACUAGUACUAUUGAAGAAUUUCGCCAAGAGAGCCUGCGGAAGGUUGCUGGCGCGGCUUUAUGGUACGGGCAAAGUGUCGUGGAUCUGCGAGAUCAGGCAGCGAAAUUUGGCUCUCAAUUCUCUCAACCCCGCGUUAAGACCUUUAAUGACCGUUUAGCAUACUCCGAGCUCGGGAUGGCUUCGAUGGAUUCCAUUCAUUCGAGAGGUUCAGAAGAUGAGUAUGUUUGGAUUGAUGCCUCUCAAGCAGGAGAUCCAGCAACCAGUAUUGCUCCGAUGGAUUUCUUUCAUUGGACAGGCAUUGAAAAUGGAAGCGGCUAG